AUGUGUGUGUGUGUUUACAUGUGUGCUCACUUCAUGACACUCACUUCCCUCUCGUUUACCAGAAGACACCUCUUCAGAUUCCCCUCAAGAAGUGUUUGUACGUGUGUAUGUUUACAUGUGUGCUCACUUCAUGACACUCACUUCCCUCUCGUUUACCAGAAGACACCUCUUCAGCUUCCCCUCAAGAAGUGUUCGGUGGUGGGCAACGGAGGUGUCCUGAAGCACAGCGGCUGUGGGAAGGACAUUGACCAGGCUGACUUUAUCAUGCGGUAAGAGAGGGGCUGUCCGCUCCAGUGCCCGUCCAAAUAUGAUUUGGCUGUCCCACGCUCGCCGGGGCCAGAAAGAGCAGCCAAAGAACAUCAGCCAUCAGAAUGAAUGAGAAUGGGUGUUGUCAUAUCUGCUGGAGAGAGAGAGAGAGAGAGAGAGAGAGAGAGAGAGAGAGAGAGCCUUGAGGACAAACAAGAGAGGGUUUGAUUUGAUUUAGUUGACUAGGCUAGUUCUACCUGGGAUCACUGUUGUCCCCCUCACCAGGCAUGCCUGGCUGGCUUAAACUAGCCUUAAACUAGGCUUAAACCAGGCUUGAACCAGCCUUGAACCAAGACUAAAAUAAUAGGAUUGCUUUGGCGCUCCAUCUCCAACCAAAGCCUAUAGACUCGCUGACUGCCUGACUGGAAGUUUGGACAAAUGUUAUCAUUUUGUUAUAACUGUGGUAUCACAAUGUGUUAACAUUUAUUGCCAAGAAAAGGCAAGACAAAAAGCUAAAAGCUAGUUCUAUUCUGAAAGCAAAAUCAUGAAGAACCACUAUCUGCAAUCCUGACCAAGUUCUCAAGUAGUAAAUGCUUUAUGGUCACUGUAAAGUCACUAUCAGUAUAUUAAUAUGUGUACUUGUGUUUUUCAUAUCUAGGUGCAACCUUCCACCACUGUCUAGGGAGUAUGUUGAGGAUGUGGGGACCAAAACUCACCUGGUGACAGCCAACCCCAGCAUCAUUGAGAAGAGGUACACUCCUUUCCUUUCAAAACUGCUGUUGACUGUAAAAUAUAUGGAUGUGUGUGACAGCAUCCAAGUCCUCUCCUUUUCAGUCCACUCCCUCUUUCUCUCUAUCCUUCCUCUAUACUAAUCUCUUUCGCACUCUCUCCCCACCGCGUCGCCUUUCUCUCUCUCUCUCAUUCUCUCCUGCUAUCUCUCCUCUCCAGCUCUCUCUCUCGCUCUCAUUCUCUCCUGCUAUCUCUCCAUCUCUCUCCCCUCCUCUUUCCUUCUCCUGCUAUCCUCUGCCUCCCCGGCUCUCGCCUCUCUCUCUCUCUUCUCUCUCUCUCUCCCUCCUCCUCCCUCCUCUCUCCUCUCUUCUCUCUUCUCCUUUCGGUUCUCUCCUCCUCUCUCGUCAUCUCCUCCUCUCUCUCCUCUACCUCUCUCUCUCUCUCUCUCGCCUCUCUCUCUCUCCUCCUCCUCUAAGCCUCCUUCCCCCUUCUCUAUUCUCUUCUGCUAUCUCUCUCUCCAGCCCUCUCUCUCUCUUCUUCCUGCUAUCUCUCCUCUCCAGCUCUCUCUCUCCCCUCUCUCUUUCUCUCCUGCUAUCUUCCUCUCCAGCCUCUCUUCUCUCUUUCUCUCCUGCUAUCUCUCCUCUCCAGCUCUCUCUAUCUCCCCCUCUCUUUCUCUCCUGCUAUCUCUCCUCUCCAGCCCUCUCUCUCUCUCUCUUUCUCUCCUGCUAUCUCUCCUCUCCAGCUCUCUCUCUCUCCCCCUCUCUCUUUCUCUCCUGCUAUCUCUCCUGCUAUCUCUCCUCUCCAGCCCUCUCUCUCUCUCUCUCAUUCUCUCCUGCUAUCUCUCCUCUCCAGCCCUCUCUCUCUAUCUUUCUCUCCUGCUAUUUCUCCUCUCCAGCUCUCUCCCUCUCCCUCUCUAUUUCUCUCCCCCCAAGGCCUCUGUCUUCUUUCUAUCUCUUUUCUCUCUCUCCCCCUUUCUUUCUCCCUCUCAUCAUGUCUACUGUCAGUUCCAGAUGUUAGGGUCUAAGAGCUUUGUCUGUUGUCUUGUCCUAGCUGCAGAUUUCCUCAUCCAGACUGGUGUUUUAUAGAGGAGCCAUGAUACGGAGCCAAAACGUGUGUGAAUGUGGUCUUGUUCUUCUAUUGUCGUGGGGACCUGAAAUCCCCAAAUGUCCCCACAAGGAUCGUAAAACAAGGAAAAUUCUCCCUCAUGGCGACAUUUCCCAAGUCCCCAUGAGGACAAAGUCUAUUUUAAGCUUAGCGGUUAAGUUUAGGGUUAUGGUAACAAUUAGGGUUAGAAUUGGGAAUUAGAAUCCCCACAAGGAUAGAAGAACAAGUGUGUGUGUGUGUGUGUGUGUGUGUGUGUGUGUGAACAGAGCCUCUUUGUGUCUGUUUAUAAUCCUACUCUGUGCAGCAUCUGUAGACGUAUGCUGGAAUUCAAUCCUGUUUUCAGCUAUGCGUUUCCUCUCAGUGUGUUUCUGAACCGUGUUAUUGCUAACACACCCCCAUGCUGCUUUCCUCAUCUCUGUGCAUUUAACGAUUGAUAAUGUCUCGGUGACAUUAUCAUUGGACGUUGGCACAACGUCACUCCUGUCCUCAAGACAUUUUGUUGAUAUUUUGAAGCCCAAUCACGGUGAGGGCAGGUAGGCUGUACUGUAUAUUGUUGACAUUUGGGGUGCUUCAAAAUGUAAUGCAGUACAAUUGAAUCCCCGCCUCCACAAGCAACUACACAUAUGUACAACACAUAUGGUAUGACUUAUCCUGAGAGGACAUAUCCAUAAUACCAUAAUCCAUAAAUACCCAUGGAAUUAGGGGGGCAGUUCUAUCUGGACUCUACAGAUACUUCCAGAACCCAUUUCACACGACAUCCACAGUAGAUUUAGCCUGGAAUGCAUGACCAGAUCAAAUUGACUUACCAAAAGAAUCACCCUCUGUUUUUCCUCAUGUCAUAACGUAUGCCUGUGACUGUAGUGAGUGUGUGUGUGUGUGUGUGUGUGUGUGUGUGUGUGUGUGUGUGUGUGUAUAUCCCCGUGACUCUACUGGCAUAGAGUUUAGAUUUCCGAAGGUGACAUUUGCAUGGAUAAACCGUAGUCACCAUAGAAAUAUAAUGAAUGACUAGAACAGAGAAAGCCCCUCUGACCAUAGCAAUUUAAAGGUGCAAUAUGCAGAUAUCGCUCCGCCAUUUCCUGGUUGCUAAAAUUCUAAUAGUUUGCCUACUUUCAGUUUGUGACAAAACAAGUCAUUGUGUAGAGAAUCUAAACCACUGUGAAAUAUAUUUUCCAUAACCAAAAAUAUUGUAUUUUCAGCUGUUUGAAGCUGGUGUACAAAACCAAAAGUAAAAGACGCAAAAACUAAACUUAAGAACGGAAAGCACAGAAAAUGGCACAUAGAACUUAUAUACUGCUUCUUAGACUUGCUUUCAAUGAGAAUGACAGAUCUAUAACACAUUUCUAUGUGAAUUUGGUCAGGUCUACCAAAAACGUACAUAUUGAAGCUUUAACUGUACACUCAUGGGUACACCAAUAUGGCCACAGGUCCACCCGUCAUGGAACGUUGACUGGGUGUCACGAUCGUCGGAGGAAGUGGACCAAUGCGCAGCGUGAUAAGUGAACAUACUUUAUUUUUGAAUGAUCACACGAAACAAAACAACAAACGAUACGAAACGUGAAGUCCUUGGUUACAAUACAAACCAUACGGAACAAGAUCCCACAACACACUGUGGAAAACAGGCUGCCUAAGUAUGGUUCCCAAUCAGAGACAACAAGCAACAGCUGAUACACGUUGCCUCUGAUUGAGAACCACACCGGCCAACAUAGAAACAAAUGAACUAGAAUAUAACCCUAGCACACAAAACACAUAGAAACAACACACCCUGGCUCAACAUAACAGAGUCCCAGAGCCAGGGCGUGACAGUACCCCCCCCCCAAAGGCGCGGACUGCGACCGCGCCAAACAUAAACCGAACAGGGGAGGGCCGGGUGGGCAUUCCUCCUCGGAGGCGGUUCCGGCUCCGGGCUUGACCCCCACCCUCCAACAAACCCCCCAAAGCGCCCCUGGUCCGGUCUGGCCCUGCUGGCCGGAGCUGGACUGAACACUGGUGGAGCGGAUUGCUCUAGCUCCGGCGUGGAGCAGCUGACCGGUGCCGGACCAGGCACCGGUGGAACAGGCACGGGCUGUGCCGGACUGACGACGCGCACCACAGGCUUGGUGCGGGGAGCAGGGACGGGCCGGACCGGGCUGACGACGCGCACCAUUGGCUUGGUGCGGGGAGCAGGGACGGGCCGAACCGGGCUGACGAAGCGCACCACUGGCUUGGUGCGGGGAGCAGGAACAGGCCGGAACCGGGCUGACGAAGCGCACCACUGGCUUGGUGCGGGGAGCAGGAACAGGCCGGACCGGGCUGACGACGCGCACCACAGUCUUGGUGCGGGGAGCAGGGACGGGCCGAACCGGGCUGACGAAGCGCACCACUGGCUUGGUGCGGAGAGCAGGAACAGGCCGGACCGGGCUGACGACGCGCACCACAGGCUUGGUGCGAGGGGCAGGAACAUGCCGGACCGGGCUGGCGACGCGCACCACAGUCUCGGUGCGAGGGACAGGAACAAGCCGGACCGUACUGGGGACACACACCACUGGCCCUACGCGGGGAUCAGGAACGGACCGGACUGGCAACACACCCCAGUACCUCUCGCCGUGCCUCUACAUUCUCCUUCCCCCUGGUGACCAGUGACUCCCGUAACCUGGCGGCCUCCUUUGCCAACCCGCUGAACCACUCUAUCCCGGCCUCCUGCUGCCCCGUCGUCCACGGCGUGAGCCCCCCCCCUAAAAAUGUUCUGGCCGUCUCUCCUCCCCGUGGGCCAGGCCUCCAUGGCUCUCGCCAGACUUUCGCUCCUCUGCUCCCAAGUCCAUCCUCUCUCCUCCUCCCGCAGCUUGACCCAGUCGAGGUUGAUGUCCUUUAGAGCCCUCUCUGGCGUUGGCUCCUGGACACGCUGCUUGGUCCAGUUAUGGUGGGAUCUUCUGUCAGUAUCGUCGGAGGAAGUGGACCAAUGCGCAGCGUGAUAAGUGAACAUACUUUAUUUUUGAAUGAUCACACGAAACAAAACAACAAACGAUACGAAACGUGAAGUCCUUGGUUACAAUACAAACCAUACGGAACAAGAUCCCACAACACACUGUGGAAAACAGGCUGCCUAAGUAUGGUCCCAAUCAGAGACAACAAGCAACAGCUGAUACACGUUGCCUCUGAUUGAGAACCACACCGGCCAACAUAGAAACAAAUGAACUAGAAUAUAACCCUAGCACACAAAACACAUAGAAACAACACACCCUGGCUCAACAUAACAGAGUCCCAGAGCCAGGGCGUGACACUGGGUAUGUCCGUUCUGUAGGUUCUAUUUCUAUGGUACUCACACACUCUCAUCUCUAUCUCUCUCUCUCUCCCUACUCAGGUUCCAGAACCUUCUUUGGUCGCGGAAAGGCUUUGUGGAGAGCAUGAAGGCCUAUGGCUCCAGCUACAUCUACAUGCCAGCCUUCUCCAUGAAGCCGGGCACCGACCCCUCCCUGCGGGCAUACUACGCCCUGGCCGACACCUCGUCCAACCUCACUAUGCUGUUUGCGAACCCCGAGUUUCUCAGGACCGUGGGCAAGUUCUGGAAGGGUCGCGGAGUGCACGCCAAGCGCCUGUCCACAGGCCUCUUCCUGGUCAGCCUGGCACUGGGGCUGUGUGAGGAGGUGACGGCCUACGGCUUCUGGCCGUUCAGCGUGGGGCUCGACGAGCAGCCCGUCAGCCACCACUACUACGAUAACGUGCUGCCGUUCAGUGGGUUCCACGCCAUGCCUGAGGAGUUUGUCCAGCUCUGGCAGCUGCACAAGAGCGGCACACUGCGUUUGAGGGUGGGACACUGCCCCCCUCGGGAAGUGGGCAUAUAA